AUGCUAAAAGUCGGGCACAAUACUGAAUUAUGCAAAGUUGGUGUCCUUGGAGGCGGCUCCUGGGGCACAGCACUGGCCAUCCACUGCGCCCGUCUGGGUCACGACACCGUGUUGUGGGCCCGUGGGGCGGCCACCGUGGACUCCAUCAACCUGCGCCACGAGAACCCGCAGUACCUCCCCGGCUUCCCCUGCCCCCCUGCCCUGACCGCCUCAUGCGACCUGGAGGGGGUCAUCAAGCGGAGCGAGCUGAUGCUGAUGGUCGUACCCACGCAGUACAUUGUGGCCACACUGGGGGAGGCAGCCCGAGCACUCCGACCCCACCAGAUUCUCGUGAGCUGCUCCAAGGGUAUUUCCUUGUCCUCGCUGGAGACGGUGGACGAGCUGCUGCAGGGAGUAGUGCCGUACGAGUUCCGGAGCCGACUGGCCUACUUGUCUGGACCCUCCUUUGCGGCGGAGGUGGCGACGGGGCAGCCCACGGCAGUUACGGUGGCAGCGAAGGCAAGGAAAAGGGGGGGAGGAGAGAGAGGGCCCGACGACCAGUUGGCUGCCCGGGUCCAGUCUCUGUUAUCCAGCCCGCGGUUCAGGUGCUACCGCAGCACGGACGUUGUGGGGGUGGAGAUGGCGGGGGCGCUCAAGAACGUGCUGGCCAUCGCGUGCGGCAUUUCCGACGGACUGGGUUUCGGAAACAACGCCAGAGCGGCGCUCAUCACCCGGGGUCUGUACGAGAUUACGAAGCUGGCCGUGGCCCGGGGGGGUAACCCACUGACCAUGUCGGGGCUGGCGGGUAUGGGAGACGUAGUGCUGACGUGCACAGGUGACCUGAGCCGUAACCGCACUGUGGGGCUACGACUGGGUCGGGGCGAGCGAUUGCGGGACAUCCAGGCCUCCAUGGGCGGUGCGGUGGCCGAGGGGGUGCCGACCGCAGUGGCCAUCCGUACACUGGCUCGCAAGCUCGGAGUGGAGUGCCCCAUCAUGGAGGGAAUACAUCGGGUCAUACACGAGGGUGCAAACGCCCAGGAGGUGGUGACUGAGGUGAUGAGUCGGGAGCUCAAGCCCGAGGUGGCGCCGGACAUCAUCCGGGGGGUGCUCACAAACAACGGAGGAACCAACAGCAACCACCACAACCACCUCUUGGAGUGUCCGGCCCGGUCAGACCCUGCCUUCCCCGGUAUUUCGGGGCACCCUAAUCCAGCCACCCUAGCCAACUUCUCAGUGGAUCGUUCAGGUUCCGCACCCACCACCGGCAUCCAACGGAAUCUGCCGGAUCAACGGCGGCUCAACUCCAUUCCUGGUCAGCUCGCAAGUCAAGUUUAUCCCAGGUCACCACCGUCCAUCGACUAG